GUCAAGCUGAAGCAGACGCAACUCACUCCCGCUAACCCCAAUUUCUCUUCAUAAACCAUUUUAAUUAAAAACUUUUAAUCCCCAUCACCCAUCACCGUAACUAUCUAAUUAAGAAUUCCAAUCUAGGACCUCCUCCUCCAUUAACGACUUCCUUCGCUGCUCAUCACUAAACCCAAUAAUCCGAAAGAUCCCUUUUUGUUUUGAGCUGAAAUAGUAGUGAGAACUGUGGAUAUUGAAAAUUUUAUGGCUCGGCCAAUUAGGAGCGGCGGUGCGGGUGAAGGGAGGUAUUAUAUGGUGGGGGAUUACGUGGUAGAGGACCGAAUAGGGUCCGGUUCAUUUUCGACCGUGUGGAACGGGCGCCACCGCACCCACGGCACUGAGGUGGCGAUCAAGGAGAUCGUCACCGCUCGAUUGAAUUCCAAACUCAAAGAAAGUCUCAAGUCCGAGAUAUUUAUCCUCCAGAAAAUCCAUCACCCUAACAUCGUCCGCUUGCUAGACAUGAUCGAGGAAUCUGGAAAUUUGUACAUCAUUUUGGAGUACUGCAAAGGGGGUGACCUUUCAGAGUAUAUUCGACAAUACCAAGGAAAGUUACCCGAAGCAACUGUAAAGCACUUUAUGCAGCAACUAGUGACAGGCCUAAAAAUUCUCCGCGAAAACAACAUUAUACAUCGAGAUUUAAAACCUCAGAAUCUCCUCCUAUUCACUAACGAUGACAAGCCGGUUCUGAAGAUUGCUGAUUUUGGAUUUGCAAGAUCUCUACAUAGGGACCUUGCAGAAACCGUAUGUGGCUCACCACUCUACAUGGCUCCUGAGAUAAUGCAAGGCCAGAAGUAUGAUGCAAAGGCAGAUUUAUGGAGUGUUGGUGCCAUUCUAUUUCAACUUGUAACCGGAAAAACCCCAUUUACAGGAGGCAGUCAGAUGCAGCUGCUUCAGAACAUUUUAAAUUCAACUGAAUUGCAGUUUCCAUUAGAUGCAAAGUAUUUGAAUCCUCACUGCAUAGAUUUGUGUAGAAAAUUGUUGCGUCACAAUCCAGUGGAGCGCUUGACAUUUGAAGAAUUUUUCAACCACCCGUAUCUUUCUCAGUUGCAGCCAAAUGAAUCAUUCAGGAAUAAACAAUCACAAAGGCUGAUAGAUGGUUCUCCUGUCUCUGGAAGGAGCACAGUAGAAACUGCGCGAGAAGAUUGCUUACAUUUCAAUCGAGAUGAUGAUAAUAGCAGUGCCGGUGAGAGCCCAUCUUCUUCAAGGAGGUCACCGAUGAGAUCUAUGUAUGGAUUUUUUCUUGAUAAGAAAGUUGAUAGAAGGGAAGUUUCUACUAUUUCAAACAAAUUGCAACCUAUUUCCAAGGAUAAUAAAGCACCCCAUAUACCAGAAAUUACUGGGUUUAGUCUUGGUGGCCAGCAACUUUCCGAAGAAAACCUGAAUGAGAUUAUUAAAACCAACGACCGAGCAUCAGUACAUAAUAGUUCAACAGUUGUAGAUUCACUGGAGUCAAUUGAACAUGAUUAUGUCAUUGUGUCUGGUCCUCCAAUGGAUUCGUCAUCUUCAGUGCAUGCUUCUAAGACAAAUUAUUUGCCAUAUAAAUCUAGCCCACCACAUAACUUUGGAAACACGAUCCCCACUCCCACUGCCCAAGUUCCAAUAAGUGGUGCAGAAACUGGUAGAGGGGAUUUCAUUGGGAGCUUGGAAAGUCACAGCUCUGAUCCUGGGAUUUCAGAAGGAUCAAUGGAUGUGGAAGACAAUUUAGAGCAGCCAUCAACUGAUUGCAUGACAAGGAUCAAGUCAUUGCAGUGUUGUGCAUCUGCUAUCUCUGAGUUGGUGAAUGAGAAGAUGGAUAAAGGUAAGCAAUUGGAAGCAUUCUCGAUUCAGCUUGUGAUUCUUGCUAUAUGGAAGCAAGCAUUGGAUGUUUGUCGUACGCUAGUGGCAUCAACUACUGAAGGAAGUCGAACCCAAGAGACUACAAAAUUGAGGGAGCUUUCUAAGGUGCAACAUGGUCCUGAUGUUCAGGAGUGUCUUGAUUCUGCUCGCACUCGGGGGCCGCUGGAUAUCUGUUCUCAAAUUGAUAGAGCAUUUCUUCUUGAAGUUGGGAAUGCAGAGGAACUUUCUAGAGUAAUAGAGCCUGGAAAUACGGAGAUGCCAGAUUCAAUGGAGCUGAUAUACCAAUCUGCUCUGGCUUUCGGCAGACGUGGGGCUGUGCAGGAGUGUAUGGGUGAUACAAAAAAUGCUGGGAUAUUUUAUUCAAAAGCAGUGUGCUUGUUAGUAUUUCUUCAAGUCGAAGCACCAUCCCUCAUUCUGAAUCCUCCGUUUUCUCUAACAAACUCUGACCGAUAUAGAAUUAAGAAUUACAUUGAGAUCCUUAAAAACCGGCAGGGUAUUUUACAGUCUCAAAGAUUGGCUAUUUUCAAGUCUGAGAAUCAGCAACCCUGCCAUGAAAGCCAGGGCAGCUGUUGAUACCAAAUGGCGAUGGCAUCAUAUUCUACUCUGUAAAUAUUUACUCUGUACAGAAAUUCUUCGGGUCUUGGGACACGGGAUUGAACCUUUUUGUACAUGGGUAACUGGUUGUUGUUGAUAUUCACACAGCAUUUAAAUGCCUGAAGUACUUAAUUUUUUGGCAGGUUUUGCUUCUUGGUGGUUCUGUUUUCGCAUUGUUGAAUGAAAUCUUUAACCAUGCCAGCAAUUCAGAUAACAUUAAAUCUGGAAAUUACUUGAUAUUUCUCGCAUGGAUGAAGAAAUUUGGAUUUGGAUUUGGAUUUUUAUUUUUUAUUUUUUAUAUUUGUACUACCUUAAAUUUGACAUUUCAAAUCUUUGUAGUGAAAAGGAUCUUGAUUUAAUAAUA